AAUAUUUUUCAAAAUAUCUGGGCUUCCUAAAAAUUCUUGUACAAAUCCGAUGAGUUUUUAUCCCCUCUCGACCAGCGAAGGAGUGGUUGGAUAAAUAGUGGAAUAAAUAUUUGUAACGGCCUUAUGUAAUAAAAUAACAAAAUUAUAUCAUGUUCUGAUCCUGAAAGCAAAACACAGAUAUUUCAAAUUGUGUAAUAAUUUUCCAUGCAAGAAUAAUAGAUGUAACCAAAAUUUAUGUUAUUCUUACCUUACAUGCACACUCAAUCCUGAAUUGCCUGUUCAGCACUUUUUUGACGAAAAUAGAACAGCAGAAUUAUUUCGGUACCUUCGGUAAUCGAUUUUACUGAGGCUCAGUACACCAACUGUCAAAACCUGGUGCAAAAGGUAAACAAAGCAGUAAAGCUGUAUACAGCUGUUCUAUUUUCGUCAAAAAAUUACCGAAGACGGUAUUCCAAAUUAAGUGUGUGAAAUAGAAUUCAACAAAUUAAAUUAUGAAUCUUUCAAUAAGAAAAUAUUAAACAAUUUUUAUCUAAACUUUUAAGGAAAUUGUGUAAUACAAAACUGGAUUUUUAGUUGAAGGUUCUGGCAAAUUUUCAUCGUCACAACAUAUGGAUUUCUUUGCAUUAGUCGACCACCAAAUCGCAUAAAAGUAGUCAAAAGUGAACUCCUGUAUGAUUGCAAUCUGAAUUAUUGUUAUAUUGUAGAUUAAUAACAUUCAUUCUCGCUUACAGAUUAUUUCUGUAGUUUAGAGGAAAAUUUGACCCAUGAUACUCACCAUGUAAAAUAGGUUUGCCCCAUUCCACCGUAAAAUUAAUAAAACUCAUGUCAAAAUAAAUUUCACAUGACAAAAACAUCACAAUAGCAUACAUUAAGAAACAAAACGUGUAAAAAUUCCGAAGUUUCAGAACUAAUUGCUAAAUGAACUUUUUUUGUCAUACCUAAUAUUUAUCCCGCUUUUUCAAUCUUGUCAGAAAUCACAGUAUUCUUCAAAAGUCAAUACAGAUUACCAAAACAAUGUAAAAUGGAUGAAGUGCAAUCAUUGAAGGAUAUAUUUUAUCAUUUUUGUAUAUAGUUUUUAUUAAAAACUUUAGCCACUAUAUGGUGAACCUUUUUUGUGCCGAUUACUGUACUUUUGUUAUACUUUUGUUAUAUGAUCUGGUCUCAAGACGCGACAAUUUCAUCCUUAAAGCUCAGAGAUCAAGCAAUUUACUCCGAAGGCGCCCUCAACACCGAGAUCCCCCUCCCAACUCGUCGUCGUCAGCUGCACCGGUUGACGUUAUUUGACGACGACGAUCACUCAGCACCGACCGCGCGCGGAGUAUCUUAUCAAAAAUUCAUUUAUUUUUAUUUACCUCAAUUUGCCGGGGACGCGCCGAUAAUUGAAAUCCGGUGUCGGGUCGGGCCGGGCGGUCGGGUUUUAUUUUCGGGGCCUAAAAUCGACCAAAAAGUUGGCUAGUUUCUGCGACGAACCCUCGAUGUGCUAUGUUUAGAGUUCUACGAGGCGGCGUCGGUCGGCAGGGGCAACGACAGCGACUAGCUAGCUAGUCGCAUCACUAACCACUCUCAACACGAUAAGAAUUGACCGACCCUGAUGACAGAUUCGUGGGCAGUUCGAUUCACUUUCUGCAGAUGUACAGUGAAAUCGACUAGAGUCGAUGUGUUCUUCUUCUUGUUCUUUAUGGUUCGACGUUCCAACUGGAAUUUAGCCUGCCUCUCUUCAAAUUAUUGUUCUUUGAGCAUUUGUACAGUUAUUUAUUGAAGGGCUUUCUUUGCCUGCCAUUGCAUGAAUUUGUAUAUAGUGAGGCUAGGACAAUGAUACACUAUGCCCAGAGAGUCGAGAAAAUUUGCACGACUGGAACGGGAAUCAAACUCGCCGUCUUCGAAUUGAAGAUCCAUAGCCAUAACCACUAGGCUGAUUGGAGACCCACGAUCGAUGUGUUUUCACUCUUUGGCGAGCGUUCGUUCGAGACAGUCGCAACUUUUCGUUCGUCCGGUUUGUCUCCAGUUCGGUGGCUAUUUUCGUGCUAGUGUUUCCGAGUGAUUAAGUUUAUUAAGUAAUUAUCCCUAGUGGGACGCGUGCGGUUGGCUAGGCCACAAUUUUUGCCGCAAAAGUUCGUUUAGUUUGAGUAAAGUUCACGUUUUCAUUAUAUCACGUGGCGCAUUGACCGAUUAUCGAGCACAGCAGUGCAGCACCCCCCGCAUACCGCGCCGCUCGCGCGGCCGUGAUCGGCUUCUUCCAGUGAGUACCCAAGCUCAUCGUCGUCGACAGCAGCAGCCCAACGAGAGAAGAGCAGAGAGCGUUCAACCGCCGCACACCGCUCGCCUCCUCCCAGUGCGGGCGAUCCCAUCGCUUGGACCUGUCGUCGUCGAGCCUGUGGCAAAACAGAGCACAAAGCUAAGUAUUCAAAGUUACCCCUCGUUGUUCCCCCCUCUCCACUGACUCUUUGAUUAGAUUUAAUUUGGUAUAUAAGCAGUUUUUUUUUCUCUUUUUUUCCUCACUUUCCCUGUACAGUUAAUUUUGUCCCUUGUUUUUUUUUUUGAUUAUUUCGUCCCCGUGAUAAGUGUUAGUUUAAGAUUUUUGAGUGCCCCGUGGUGGUAGUUAGCUGCCACAAUGGGCGAUGAUGAUGAUGGCGGGGGAACAUCGUACCGCAUCAACGAAGCUUUGUUAUUGGCAUCGGAUUGCUCGAGCCAACAAGGCGAUUUAAAUGCUAACCCCUUUGCCCCCCAUCACCCUGGUGCUUCUCCAAUGGACACCAACAGUAAAUCUGUUUCGACGUCCCCCCGCCUCAAGGCCUACCCUCCCGACUUUGGCGGGCCAUAUGUUGUUUUCUUCCGACCCAAAGGCAAACGUUUGAACACCGUUCAAAUCAGCAAGGAUCUGACUAAGCGGUAUUCUUCCGUUGUCUCCAUUGACAUGGUCGGUACAGCUAAGCUUCGGGUGACAGUAGGCGACCGAAAACACGCUAAUGAGAUUGUGGCCUGCGAGUUGUUUACACUUGAGUACUUCGUUUACCUACCGAGCGCGUCGAUAGAGAUUUCGGGGAAGGUCGCCGACGCAUCUUUGACCUGCGAAACGAUCAUGCAAGGCUGUGGUCGUUUCCAUAACCCUUCUCUACCUCCUGUCCAGAUACUGGAUUGCCGGCAACUGCAUUCGGUAUCCCAGGAGGGCGAGAAGAAGGUUUACACACCAUCUGAAGAAUUUUCUGUGACCUUCUCCGGAUCUGCAUUACCAGAUCUGCUGGUGAUUGGCAAACUUCGGCUACCUGUGAGGCUGUAUGUACCGAAGGUAAUGAAUUGCAUCAAUUGCAAGCAGCUGGGCCACACCGCCCAGUACUGCAGCAAUAAACCUCGCUGUGCAACAUGCGGGGAGAGACAUGUAGACGGUGCGUGUAAAACGCCGCCCAAGUGUGUUUAUUGUGGUAGCGACCGUCCACACGAUCUCAAUGUUUGCCCGAAGUACAUACAGCGAAAACAACAAGCUGCUCCGGUCGUUGAAUCACGCAACAUCUACUCGUCUUUGUCUCUCGAUGAUCAGGGCUCUGACUCUGAGGUCGGGGACGGGGUUCCCUUUGUUUUUAAGGGUGAAACGAGGAAACGGGUGAGGCUCCAGAGACCCACCAAAAAACCUCGGAAUCUGCCUAGCAGUGACCCCCAACCCACCGUGACAAAUUCUAAGAGUGUUAAAAAAGGUAACAAACGUUCACCUCCUGGAUUCAAAAUCCAAGAUGAACGAGACUUUCCUUCGCUCCCGGGAACAUCAAAAAUCCCAGAUGUCCCAAUUUUUUCGACUUCUCAGCCAGAGGGACAGCAUUCGGAGAACCAGGAACAACCUCUUGGUGCUCCGAUGUUUACGCUUUCUGGCAUCGUAGACAUCGUCCUUAACUUCUUUAAUGCUUCUGACUCAGUGAAGAGCAUUGUCAAAGCACUUCUUCCUUGUGUGUCUCCUCUUUUGAAGCAGUUGGCUUCUAAAAUGCCCCUCCUUGCGACAUUCGUAUCUUUCGAUGGCUAAUUUAACCACUGAGGUCGAAGAUAUGAUUUCUGUGCUACACUGGAACUGUCGUAGUAUCGUACCAAAAUUAGACUCUUUCAAAUUUUUAAUUAAUAAUUUACAAUGCGAUGUUUUUGCGCUAUCCGAAACAUGGCUGACACCCGAUGUAACCUUACCUUUUUCCGAUUUCAACAUUAUUCGUCUUGAUCGGUCCGACUCGUACGGAGGGGUGCUUUUAGGGAUCAAAAAGCAGCACUCAUUUUACAGAGUCGAUUUUCAACCGAUGACAGGCAUCGAAGCCGUCGCAUGUGAGGUGACAAUCCGAGGUAAAACCCUCAGUGUUGCCUCCAUAUAUCUUCCACCGAGAACUGCGAUAUCUCGCAGGGAUCUCGCCCACAUCUGCUCAGUUAUGCCUGAGCCACGGCUGCUCAUGGGAGAUUUCAAUUCCCAUGGUACAGGCUGGGGGGAACUGUACGAUGACAGUUGUUCAACUUUGAUAUAUGACCUCUGCGACGACUUCAAUAUGACAAUUUUGAACACCGGAGAAGUUACGCGAGUGGCACCUCCAGCUAAAGAUGGCAGUCCUAGAGACAGCCGAUUAGACCUCUCAAUCUGUUCGAGCUCACUAUCGCUGGAGUGUACAUGGAAGGUUAUCAUGUAGUGAUCACCUUCCGAUCGUUGUUUCUAUUUCCAAUGGUUCACGUCAACCUCCAUCUAUCGACAUUUCCUACGACCUCACGAAACACAUUGACUGGGGAAAGUACGCGGAAGCAAUUAUCGACGGUGAGCAAUCGGUAGAAAUUCUUCCACCGCGGGAAGAGUAUCAGUUUCUAUCAGAGCUGAUCAUCAGUAGCGCGCUGCAGGCACAACGUCGGCCAGUUCCAGGUCCUUCGGCUCGCAGGAAACCCCCCAAUCCGUGGUGGGAUAGCGAGUGUACAGAAAUCUAUCGCGAGAAAUCCGCUGUGUUCAAAGAGUUUCGGAAACGCGGUUCGGUUGAAAACUUUAAGCGGUACGUUUCCCUUGAAAGCAAGUUCAAGAACUUGAUCAAGGCGAAGAAAAGCGGUUACUGGCGUCGGUUCGUCGAGGGUUUAUCGCGCGAGACAUCAAUGAGAACUCUUUGGAACGUCGGGAGAAGAAUGCGUAACGCGUCGUCGGUAAACGAGGAUCGAGAAAGCUCUCCUCGGUGGAUUCUCAAGUUCGCAAAAAAAGUUUGUCCAGAUUCCGUACCCGUGGAGCGAAUAAUUCGGGAUGUUUCCGAGGAUAGGGACGACAUGGAUAGGCCGUUUUCGAUGGUUGAAUUCUCACUUGCUCUUCUUUCAUGUAACAAUUCCGCUCCAGGAAUGGAUCGAAUUAAGUUCAACUUGCUUAAAAACCUCCCCGACGUCGCUAAGAGGCGCUUGUUGAACUUGUUCAAUCAGUUCCUGGAUAACAACAUCAUUCCGGAUGAUUGGAGGCAAGUGAGAGUGAUAGCUAUUCAAAAACCCGGGAAACCCGCGUCGGAUCAUAAUUCGUACCGUCCAAUCGCGAUGUUGUCUUGUCUACGGAAGUUGUUAGAGAAGAUGAUUCUCUUUCGACUGGACAAAUGGGUUGAAUCGAAUGGCAUGUUGUCUGAUACACAAUUUGGUUUCCAAAUUGGCAAAGGAACGAACGACUGUCUUGCGUUGCUUACUUCAGAAAUUCAGCUUGCCUUUGCUCAAAAGCAGCAAAUGGGCUCAGUGUUUUUGGAUAUUAAGGGAGCUUUUGAUUCAGUUUGUGUCGAUGUUCUCUCCGACAAACUACACGGAAGUGGCCUUUCACCAAUUUUGAACAACUUUUUGUAUAAUUUGCUGUUUGAGAAGCAGAUGAGUUUUACUCAUGGCGACUUAACAGUUUCACGAAUUAGCUACAUGGGUCUCCCCCAGGGUUCAUGUCUAAGUCCCCUUCUUUACAAUUUUUAUGUUAGAGACAUAGAUGAUUGUCUCAUGGAAAAUUGCACGUUAAGACAGCUUGCGGAUGACUGUGUUGUUUCUAUAACGGGAUCAAUAGCAGUCGAUCUGCAAGGACCACUACAGGAUACUUUGGACAAUUUGUCUACUUGGGCUCUCAAGCUGGGUAUCGAAUUCUCUCCGGAGAAAACUGAGAUGGUGGUCUUUUCUAAAAAACACAAACCGGCAAGGUUUCCGCUCCAUCUGAUGGGUAAGACAAUCACUCAUAGCAUGUCUUCUCAAUAUCUCGGCGUCUGGUUCGACUCCAAAUGCACCUGGGGGAAUCACAUUGUGUAUCUGAUACAGAAAUGCCAAAAGCGAAUCAACUUUAUGCGAACUAUUACCGGAACAUGGUGGGGAGCACAUCCGGAAGAUCUGAUCAGGUUGUACCAAACAACCAUUCUGUCGGUUUUAGAAUACGGUAGCUUCUGUUUUCAAUCCGCGGCGAAAACACACUUGCUGAAGCUUCAACGGGUUCAGUACCGUUGUCUUCGGAUCGCGUUAGGUUGCAUGAACUCAACUCACACUAUGAGUUUAGAGGUACUCGCUGGUGUACAGCCUCUGACAGACCGCUUUGCGGAGUUAUCGUUCCGGUUCCUCAUCCGAUGCGAGGUUGUGAAUCCAUUGGUCAUAGAAAAUUUCGAAAAGCUGCUCGAACAGAACCCUCAAACUCGUUUUAUGAGUGUGUACUACUGGUACAUGACGCUGGAGGUAAGCCCAUCUCCGGUUAACACCAAUCGUGACAACUUCUCAAACUUCGACAGUUGCUCUGUAGAUCUUGAUCUGUCCAUGAAGGAUGAGAUCACCGGAAUACCAGAAUCUUUUCGUUCCGUGUGUAUUCCACAAAUUUUUGCAAGUAAGUUCGGGCAUGUUAGCGGGGACAGACAGUUCUUCACAGACGGUUCGAAAACCGAUGAUUCGAGUGGUUUCGGUGUCUACAACGAAUUUCAUAGCGCCACCUACAUGCUUCAAAAGCCAUGUUCGGUAUACAUUGCUGAGCUAGCGGCUAUAUACUACACCUUAGAGUACAUUCGCACUCUUCCACCUGAGCACUACUUCAUUUUUACCGACAGUCUAAGCUCUCUGGAGGCUGUUCGGUCAAUGAAACCGAUGAAGCACUCAGCGUACUUCCUGAAUGGAAUACGCCAAGUCUUGAGUGCUUUGUCCAAACGCUCAUACAUCAUCACCAUAGCUUGGGUCCCUUCACAUUGCUUAAUUCCGGGCAAUGAGAAAGCGGACUCUCUGGCUAAGGUGGGCGCUAGCGGAGGCGAUAUUUACGAGCGUCAAAUCGCCUUCGACGAUUUUUUUGCAUUGGCCCGUCAGGAGACCUUGAUCAGCUGGCAACACAAAUGGAGAGAUGGAGAGAUGGGUAGAUGGUUGCACUCCAUCAUUCCACAGGUGUCGAAGAAGCCAUGGUUCAAAGGGUUGGAUUUGAGCCGCGAUUUCAUUCGUGUAAUGUGUCGGCUGAUGUCCAACCACUAUUUGUUGAAUGCACAUACCUUCCGUAUUGGGCUCUCAGAAAGCAAUCUCUGUGUCUGUGGCGAGGCUUACCAGGAUAUCGAACAUGUCGUGUGGGGAUGCAAUGAGUAUCGUGAGGUCAGAUCUGAGCUGCGUGAAAUUCUCCGGGUCCGAGGAAAACAACAGAAACCCGUUAGAGAAGUGUUGGCAGGACUUGAUUUGGAAUACAUGAAUCUGAUUUACCAGUUUUUGAAACGUGUUGAUGUCAGAGUUUGAUAUAGUACGUUCCUUGUUUUCGUUGUCCGCCUUUUGGUUUUGUUGUUCGCCCCUGUCUGUCGUCACCCCCCUUCCGUUUGUCCUCCUCUUGUCGUUUUCUACCGAUAAAGUCCUUUCUUUUUGGUUCCGUUACAGAUAUGGACAAUUUGUCCCAUCAAUGUUUUAGUAUAAGUUAGCAAAUAAUUUAGUUUUAAACCCAUAAAUCCCUCCUUCCCAAUUUUAUUUUAUUUUUUUUUCUCAAUCCUUAACCUCGAAACAGCCGCGAGUACUUCGGCUUCCCAAACUAACAUAGUUUUAAGGCAGUAAUAAAUUGUAAAAUGUAAAAUCAUUGUAAAAAAAAAGCAAAAGAUUUCGGCUCAGUUAUGCCCAUGUGGCGCCCGAGCCUGCCAAAUAAAUGAAUAAGUAAAAAAAAAAAAAAUCGAUGUGUUUUGAAUCUGAACAAAGUUAUGUGGUUAGAGUUGAGCUCUACCCCGUUUGGCAUAACAAUAGUUUCGUUACUUUUUUCCAAAGUGUUGUGGCAAAUGACAUGUUAAAUGAAGACCAUGAUAUUAAGCAGCAAUAUGUCACAUUACCAUUGGUUCUUUCAUUACGUAUUAGAAUUUUGAAAACUUACAAGUUUCAAAUAUUGUUGAGAAUUGUAACAAAAAAUAACAAAGUUUUAGAACUAAAACACGUCAUCUUUUCUAACCUUUCGGCAGGAAUUUUGAGAACUACUUUCAAAAUUUAUUUACAGCAAUUAUUAAACAUACAUAUUUAUUAGUUUAUUUAAAGCAUUUAAAACAAGUAAAUUUAUUACAGUUUCAUGAAACGUUUAGCAUAUUUUAACAAAAUACAAAAUUGAUUUUUAUGGCAAAACGUCCAUUUUACUCAAUAGUGAGGAGUUAGCAUAAGUUAAAAUUUACAGAAAUAAAAAUAAAAAUUCAUGAAUUAUAUAAAUCUAGUACAUAUUCUACAACCUAAUAUUCUACAUUAUUAGGAAAGUCCACAAAUGUCUAAACUCCCCAAUAUCGAGUCACAGAGUUUUGACUGUAAUCGAUCACUGACUUCAAAUGAAAAGUGACACUCACUUUUUGGGUUAUUGGCCAAUGAAUGAAUUGAAUCACAGCUACUGCUACCAAAAUAGAUUAAUUGACGACUGGUCUUGUGGCGUCCGAUCGCAUGCGAGUAGAUAUCGAUAGGAUUUUUCUUCUACCAAAGUAUUUGAGAUAUUUUUUUUACAGAACUUAAGAACAUAAGCUAGUUGACACUACUCGGGUAGAAAAAAAGGGCUCAAUAAUAGCAUAUUUUGAUAUUAGGAUCAAAAUGUGAUAUUGGUUUGAUUAAUAUAAGAGAUAAAAGAUCUAAAAUUUACUCCUGGACCAUCAUCAGCAGAUCAUAUUAAGAUUUUGUAAGAUCUAAUCAAUACCAGCGAUCUAUUCGUUUGAUCUUGAAAUAUCAAAUUUUGAUAUUUUUCAGAUGUUCCAGGAACAUUUAUCAGAUAUUAUUUUCAGAUCUUUUAUCUCCUAUAUCAAUCAAACCAAUAUCACGUUUUGAUUGUCAGUACUUAACCUAUACUCGGGUAGUCAACAAAUGUUUUUAUACAUAACUAGCUGUCCCGGCAAACGUCGUACUGCCACAGCCUGCCUACUGUGUUUUUUGACAUAUAGAUUCAUAGGGACGUCCUCCCCAACGUCACCUGUAUGGGAGCUCCCCGUUCCAGAGACCGGAGAGGUCUCACACCAAGCCAAGAAAUACGGCCCCAGAAUUACCCACAUCAGCAUAACGGUCAACAAACUGCACAUGUCGUCUUCUCACAGUGCAGUAUGGAUAAUCCCAAUCGCAGGAGUCGUUGGCCGGUAACUAUAAACACAUGAAUGAAAAAUCCGCCAAAAUAACACCCAAAAUAAUAACAUCAGAAAAAAAGACAAAUCAGUGCAUGUGCAAUCCGAUGAAGGCAGCCGUAAAUAUCCCUCUUUCCCCAUAACAAAAAAAAAAAUGCAAGCAAAACAGCUCAAACGUCAUCCCAGUGACAGAAACGGACAAAAAAGACAUGCAACCAUGCAACAGUUAAAAAAAACAUCAUUUUCCGCCCGGGCAGGGCAGCGCCGCGAAAAAAAAUCUCGCAUUUAAAUAAAAAACACACACAGAUGAGAAAAUCCGACAGCCGCCACUCGUAAAACCGCCAAACUAAUGAAUGGAUGGGCCCAGCCGAUCGCUUGCAGAAUCGUAAAUCAAUUUGCAAUUCAUUCCAAUGGUCUCCUGCGCCGCCCGCUCCAUCACCAUUCGUGCGAAAAAUCUUUCAUCUCUUUCUCCCGCGCACACUGAUUUACCCAUCAUCAUAACGUGGAAGCACGUGCUCGAGAUGAAAUAUUUGGCUGCUUGCGCUAGGAGUGUACUAAAACAGGCAGUCAGUAUGUAAACGAAACUAAUUCCGAGUGCGGGAGAAUAUAAGCGUUAUAUCUAGUUGUAGCCAUAAAAUGACUAACAGUUAACAUUCAUCGAGUAUUCGAAAGUUGUGAACAUUUUUGUUUUAAAUGUUUAACGUUAUAAACGUUGUAACAAAAUUCCAAUGGACCGUUUUAUAUGCUGCAACGGUAAUGUAAUUGAUUAACUAUUUCGUUAUGAUCAUAAUUAUAUAAUUUAAAAUAGUCCUACGGGUAGAUGCGCCAGGCUCGGUCAAAAUGUGUGUCUGUGUUCGAAUCUCGUUCCAGCACUUCUGAUAUGAAACAUAUAUUUUUUUUAAUCCUGGCACAUAAAAAAUGCAUAUCAGAAUGGGACAUUACAAGUUUCACAUUUAAGUCAAAUAGACUAGAAGAAGUUCUGAGAACCAUCAUAAACCUAAAAUAAAAGGCAUUAGGUUUUAUGACAGUUGUCAAAACCUCUAGAAUACUAAUUGGCUAUAAAAAUGUUAUUGGUACAUAAAGCCCAACAACGUUUGUAUGACCUAAAUAUUGGUAUAAAAAAAUAAUGUGAAGUAUUCCACAUGUUUCAAAUCAAGUUAAAAUAUUAUGUUCCUCCAUCUUUCAGGAACGAACAUAAUAUAGCUCUGCAGCAGCUUAUUUUCCCCUUUGGUUAUUAUUUUUUGUUUUGUUUUACUUUUGCUGGGCAACAACAGCUCGACACACCCGCGACGCGCGCGAGGCGAGGCGAGAAAAUCAUAAAUCGGAACCGCGAAUCUUUCGACACCUCAUUUUUCAAUUUCGUAUGCCAAAUUGUGAGCACGGUUUUCUCUCUCACACCCUCUAUCGUUUAUGCAGUUCUUUAUUUUUUCAUGGUGUUCUCUGCGUCCCUCCCUGCCACUGCGCUAGGCGCUGUUGAAAGGCCAAUGUUAUUUGUAUGAUUAACUGUAACCAAAUGAAGAGAUUACGCUUUUGGCGGAUUUUUUCGAGCGUGUUUUAACGCUUAUUAGUGAUUGCUCAGAUCGGAAAGAUGGAUAGUGGUCGAUGAUCGAAGCAUGUUUGGUCGGAAAAAAAAGUCCAAAUAAGUACAAUUGAUAUUCAAGGUGUACCUAGUUUUGAAGAUGUCCAGAAAACUUUUAGAAAACCUUACAUACCUAUGUUGUAUUGGUUUUACGACGGUUUUAAAAGUUUCACAUAACUAUAUAUUUUGAAAAUUGCAACACAAAAACCACAAAAGUCAGCACGAUUUCAAGAAGCUUGAUUAGUUAGUAUUAGUUCUGAUGAUAAAACAUUCUAGAAACUAUCGAAUAAAUUGUAAAAGAACUUGCUAUACUAAUCUAACAGGUAUUCCAGGCGUCUAAAGUAUCUCGAAGAUUUCUUCUCUUCCUACAAUCCUACAUUUCCUGCCUUACAAGACAUGCCUUUGGCGAUACUCUAAAGAUAUCCUAGGAAAUUUAUUAAUAUAUCUCCAAUAGAUAUUUUUCUGUAUAAGAAUCUAUGACAAACAAUCGAAAAUCGAAGGGACAAAUGGUCGCAAAGGCAACAGGUCGAUGGUUAAAAAUUCAAGAGAAAGUAUGACUAAGGCCGUUCGCAAUGCUGUUU